AUGAAUGAAGACAACGCCCGUUUCUGCCUGCUGGCUGGGCUCAUUCUGCUCUACUUGCUGUGUGGGGCGGCCAUCUUCUCAGCCCUGGAGUAUCCCUUCGAGCUGCGCGCCCGCCUCCUCUGGAAACAGCAGCUGGACAACUUCACCCAGCGAUACAGGGUCAACCGGGGCGCCCUCCACACUCUGCUGCGGCAGUACGAGGAGGCAAACGGAGCUGGGAUCAGAGUGGACGCUCUGAGACCCCGCUGGGACUUUUCUGGAGCUUUCUACUUUGUAGGCACUGUGGUUUCUACUAUCGGCUUUGGCAUGACCACACCAGUGACCAUAGCUGGAAAAAUAUUCUUGAUCUUCUAUGGUCUCAUUGGCUGUGCUGCCACCAUCCUCUUCUUUAACCUCUUCCUGGAGAGGAUCAUCACGAUGUUAGCUUACAUCAUGCGCUGGUGUCACGAGCGUCGGUUGAGGUGCGGCGGGGUUGGGGUGAUGUCGAGCAGAGAGGAGACGUCUGGCGAGGAGGACAGCCUGGAGGGCUGGAAACCAUCAGUCUAUUAUGUUAUGCUGAUCCUAGGUAUAGCAUCGAUUGUGAUCGCAUGCAGUGCCUCCACCCUGUACAGCUCCAUGGAGAACUGGAGCUACGUGGACUCCCUCUACUUCUGCUUCGUGGCCUUCAGCACCAUUGGCUUCGGGGACCUGGUGAGCAGUCAGAGACAGCAGUAUGAGUCUCAGGAAGCCUAUCGGCUCGGGAACUGCCUUUUCAUCUUAAUGGGAGUAUGUUGUAUCUACUCACUUUUCAAUGUCAUUUCUAUUGUCAUCAAGCAAACUCUCAACUGGAUUCUGGGUAAGCUGGUCUGCUCGGGGCAGCAUCAUCUCUGCUCUUGCUCAACACGAAGACACCGCUACAGAGACGGCUCGGUGGAGACAGUGUGUGACAGCGAGACGGAUGCAGGCGCAGUGCCCGAUGGGGUAUGCGUGGGGCGUCGUCUGUCAGGAGAGAUGAUCUCCGUCAAUGAGUUCAUGGUGUCCAACAAGGUGUCUCUGGCACUGCUGCAGAAGCAGCUGAGCGAAAUGGCUCAUCAGGGCCCACGGCAGAGCUACGGCCAUCAGAAUGGAUUCUCUGGUGGUGUGGGGGCCUUGGCCAUUAUGAAUAAUCGCCUGCAAGAAACCAGUGUGGAUAGGUAGCACCACAUUGUAUAACACAUUACGAUGUUAUUCUUGUGUGCAUUGCUUUGCGAUUCCUAUAAUGGUGCAAUCGAUUGCAAGAAAGUCAAUAAUUUGUCCUGUCCAAAUUCUGAAAAUAGAAUCAUUUUCCUCUAAUUACCAUCUGUUCAGAGUCUCUCUGAGCACUUUCAGUGGACGUCUAUGCAGAUAAUAGCAGACCUCCGGCAUGGAUUCUGAACAGCAAAUAACUGCUCACAUUUUGUUCUAUGAGGAUGAAAUACAAUUUAAAGAAUUCAACAUCACUGUGAAGAAGGGUCUGAUGUCCUGAAGUGAUUGGCUCAUACAGAAGCAAUCAGAUGAAAGAAGCAGUGAAGGACCACUUAAAGGGGACUGCUGAUUUAAGAGUGCUGCACAUGUCCCCUGCCCUCCUCAACAAAUAUGGUUGUAUGUGAGGUAGCAGUCAGUAUUAGAAAACAUACAGACACAAACACAAUGCCCACAGUCUCCUUUUAGAUCACAAAUAGGUGCAUAUGUAAAACAUUUGAAUUGUGAUUAGUGUUUGAACAGAGCUUCUUAAACCCACUAGAGGAGCACUGGGAAAGAGACAUUUUAAUUUGUUGAUUGCUCACAAAUUGCGCAUCUUCUUUCAUCAGCGCAUGUCAUUGAAAUUCCAAGUAAUCACGAAAGAGCACUGAGAUCCAAAGCUUUCCAUGGAGCACAUCUAAUCAAAUGUAGCCUGUAGAGGACAUCCUUAUGUCAAUAAGUGCAGCACAGAUAGUCGCGGAUCACAUUAGCAGAGCGGAGAGCAAGAUUCAAACUCUCCUUGGCUUGCUGGAGGAGAUCCUUUACUAUGCAAGACAACCCGUUUAAACCAUUCUGUGUUGUCCUGUAUCAUCCAUUUGGCAGAUUUUCAUCAGCGCUUUGAAUGAUGAGUGUGUGGGGAAAAACUUACAUCUUCAAUCAAAACUUCAAUCUUACAGGAAAGAAAAUCAUCCAUUUUCCUCUAGUGGUCAUGCUUGAUGAAUUGUCAUUACUGUUUCUAAUUUCAAAGCAAAAAGAAAACUAGUUCUUCAGUGGCUUAUUGUGGGUAAAAAUACAGCAAGUUGUCAGUCAAAUAUUCUUUAUUUAGGUUUAAAACAAUCAUGACUCUUAACAUGUAAUGUCUAUACACAGAAUUACUCACUGAAAUAAUAUCAUAAUGCAGCACGAUGCAGAUAAACCAACCCAUCUUGAAACUAACCCAUUCUGAUGCUGUUUCUUUUAUCAGCUUUAUAAAAGAUGAAUAAGGCAGCACAGUACGUAUGAUCCAACUUAUGGAAAAAAUACAUUUCACAGACACUCUAUUGAAGAGUGUGUUUAGAAAUAUGGUCAAGCUAUAGAAAUAAGUGCACAAAAUGUGUUCAUGUAGAACUUCUUUGUGUAAAAUAAAUUUUGAUUGGUCAGUAAAUUCUUACAGUUUGGAUACUUUGAUUCCAUUUUUGGUCACAAUCAUACCCAAAAUGCUGCACAGGUUGUUUGUUAUUAAUCUAACCUUUAUUUGAACAAAUGACUAGGUUUCCAAACAACACUCCAGACAAGUGGAUUUUACUCUACGUGUUUUAAAAAAAACUGUAAAAGCAAGCACCUUUUCAAAAAGAUUUUAGGUUAUCUGUGAAAUGUAUUUUUCUUGACAUUUAUAUGUGUAUGUGUUGAGACUUAAUUAAUGGAAUAAAAUGCUUAAUCAGUAUCUAUUUGCCUGUCAUUUCCAACCAUGAGGGAAAGAGAAAAAUUUGGGCACUCCCAUCAGCUGUCCAGCUCUGUCUUAGCAUUUCCCUUUUUAACAGAUGGAUAUAUGUUAGCUGCAUAUUAGCUUUUGGCUAACACUGACAAAGUUUAACAAUUUUCUUUCCUGGAGAUGAAAGGCAAACUGAAAAGUUUUAAAGUUUGUUGUUGUUUUCUUUUGUAAAUUAUAUCUAUUCUUAAAACAUCAUCUUUAAAAUACAACUCUACAUGUACUAACACUUCUUAUUUUAUCAAGUGAAAAUGUACAACUUCACAGUUUAUUAUUAUUCAGUUUUACAGGCCUUCAUUUGAAAUUAUCAUCUGUGUUUUCUGUUCACUGAAUAUGAGGCAGAGGUUUGUUGCUGGGUCAGUGUCUCUGAGAAAGUUUUACAAAAUGUCCUUCUUGUAUAAAUAUAAAUGUAUCAGGCUUUAAUAGAUCUAUUUUUGCAUUGUAUUUGUUGUGACAAGAUGCUACUUGUUAGCAUGAUGUAAACAAACACCUCUGUCUGUUCAUCAUCUCUUCUCUCUCUCUCUCUCUCUUUUUUUUUUUUUUAAAUUGCACA